CAGGCCCGACCGCCGCCAGCAGCGUGCUGAGGACGCCGGGAGCGGGCGGGGGCGCGGCCAUCUUUGCUGAGGGCAGCCGCUCCCGCCCGGCGCGGGCCAGCAGCGCGGCGCCCCCAGCGCCAUCUUGAAGCCGGGAGCCAGCGUGGGACGCGCCAGCGAGGCUGGGGCGCGGUGUGACCCGGAACGGGAAGCGCAGUGCGGCGGAGGGACCGGACAGAAAGCAGCAAAAUGGAUGACUUCCGCUCCAUCUUCCUGCUGUCUUUGGCCAUGCUGGUCGCCUGCUAUGUGGCAGGAAUUAUCCCCUUGGCAGUUAAUUUUUCCGAGGAGAAGUUAAAGUUGGUGACUGUCCUGGGUGCUGGGCUGCUGUGUGGAACUGCGUUAGCUGUCAUUGUGCCAGAAGGAGUACAUGCACUUUAUGAAGAUGUUUUGGAGGGGAAGCAUCACCCAGCAAGUGAGGUGCAGCAUGUGAUGGAGUCUGAGAAGGUAGCAGAAAUGCCAGCGGUACCCGAGUAUGGCCAUGACCACUCCAGGUUGCAUGCCUACAUUGGUGUAUCUCUUGUCCUUGGCUUUGUCUUCAUGCUCUUGGUGGAUCAGAUAGGCAGCUCUCAUGUGCACUCUACAGAUGAUCCAGAAGCUGCAAGAUCAGGCAACUCCAAAAUCACCACAACGCUGGGACUGGUAGUCCAUGCUGCAGCUGACGGUGUUGCGUUGGGUGCAGCCGCUUCUACUUCUCAGACCAGCGUCCAGUUGAUAGUGUUUGUUGCAAUUAUGUUGCACAAGGCACCAGCUGCCUUUGGCCUGGUUUCCUUCUUGAUGCACGCUGGGCUGGAGCGGAAUCGCAUUAGAAAACACUUGCUGGUCUUUGCAUUAGCAGCACCUGUUAUGUCCAUGGUGACAUACUUAGGGCUGAGCAAGAGCAGUAAAGAGGCCCUUUCAGAAGUCAAUGCCACUGGAGUUGCUAUGCUCUUUUCUGCUGGGACUUUUCUUUAUGUUGCCACAGUUCAUGUCCUCCCAGAAGUAGGAGGAAUUGCUCAUAGCCACAGAUCUGAAUCAAGUGGAGGGAAAGGACUCAGUCGUCUGGAGGUGGCAGCCCUUGUAGCAGGAUGCCUUAUUCCUCUCGUUUUGUCCAUUGGACACCAUCACUGAAGGCUCCGACUUCACUCUUCUCCUCAGUCUGAGAUGAGCAGUACAAUGCCAGCUGCUCCCUUUAUCAUUGUCUCUUACACCAUUAUCCACACCAUCCACUUCAUGGAGUUCAGAGGAAGCCUUGAUUGCAAAAUGAGGAAUACUGGGCAAGCUUUUUUUAGUGCUUUGACAGCCAGACAUAAAUUCUGUGUAACUUUCUUUUCUGAAGACAUUUGCUAUUUUAAUUGUUACUUCUGGCCCUAUUCUCAGGGAAGAUGAGAUGUGGAGUUUAAGAAAGGUGAGCAGGGAAGAACUUAAGAGACUCAUCAUGAAAUAGCAACCACCAAAGUAUCCUGCAAUUCAGCUUUCACAGAUGAACAAAGAAUGGCUGCCUUGAGAGAGGUUGAAGUCUUUUGAAGUCUUACUAAUGAAGAAGGGGACUCUCCCCCAUCGGUUCUAUGUUGUCCUGACAACACUACUGCUCCUUGUGAUGUUUCUCUCUAACUGUAUUGCAGAAAUGGGCUACACUUGGAACUCUGGACAACACUGUUAUUGUUACAGGAGCGUCACAGAUGGGAAAGAAAAGAUGUAGGCAAAGUGUAGGAUUAGAGUAGGAAAUCAGCUGGUAAGAAAAAAAAGUACAAAUGAAUUUUGCAGCAUAUUCCAUUGUUUAAUACAAAGGGUAGAAGCAAGGAAAAUAGUGUUUGGUUGUUUGUGCAGUUGUAGAUACAUUUUUAAAAGGCAGUAUUUCCUGGGAGGUGGUCUUCUGCCAGGUCAGUAAAGCACAGGCACAAAAAAAUGUUAGCAGCCAGUAGCUAGCAGGUUCUGGGAUCACACUGUGAGCGAGGUGCUCAUAGUGUCCUUUGAAAUCAAGCUCUGCUGGGCUCUGAGGAGUAGAAAUCUGAUGGAGAAAGCUGUUGAGGGACCAGUGAACUUGACUAGCUCAUUGUCAAACGUUUGAACUUCUGAACUCAGCAGUGAUGCAAUUGGUUUUUUGGGAUUGUGUUCGGUUGGGUUUUUUUUUUCCCCAUUAAAUAAAAGGCUAACAAAACAA